CCGGGUGUCACUUUAGGAGUGCGUCUGGCCGGGAGCCCUGCCCCGCCUCUGGGCACAGCGUCACCACCUCGUCUUCUUCUGCGCUCCUUAGUUUCCAUUUCCCCGGCUUCUUGCCGCGGUCUCGGGCACAGGCAGGAUGGCAUCACCCAUGUCUCAGAAGCUGGAGGAGAAGCUGGUGUGCUCCAUCUGCCUGGAGCUGUUCAGGGUGCCCGUGACUUUGCCCUGCGGCCACAACUUCUGCAAGCGCUGCAUCAGCGACCACUGGGACAAGCAAAAGCAGGCGGCCGCCGGCACCGAGGCGAACUACACCUGCCCGGAGUGCCGCAGGGGCUUCGAGCGGUGCCCGGAGCUGAAGAAGAAUGUCACCCUGCACAGCGUGGUGGAGCUGGCCCGGGACAGUGAGGAGCGGGGCUCGGCCGCGGGCCGCUGCGAGGUGGCCCCGGCCGAGCUGUGCCGGCAGCACGGGCGGCCGCUGGAGCUGUACUGCGAGGACGAGCGGCGCUGCAUCUGCUGCAUCUGCACCGUCCGGGACUGCCAGCGGCACCGGCGGGUGCUCUUCGAGGAGGAGCGAGCCAAAAAGCAGACCUUUUUGAAAGAAUCCCUGGAAAAAGCCCAGGAGGAAUCAGAGAGGAUUGAACAGGCAAUGAAGGAGCUGGAGUUGCAGACAGAGAGCAUCAAGGACUGCUCUGAACUGAAAGAUGGGAUUCAGAGCAAAUUCACCCAUCUGAAGAAAGCUCUGGAGGAUUUCCAGUGUCAGACAGUGGCCAGGAUUGAGCAAGAGCAGAGGGUGGCACUGGAGCAUGUGGACAAGAACUGGAACCUGUGUAAGGACCGCCUGGACAUCCUUGGCCAGCACAUGGAGAAGGCUCAGAGCCUGCUGGCCUGCCCUGACCACAGGAGCUUCCUGCAGGUACCACUCUGGCACUGUUUCCCAGAGGUGCUGGUCCCCGUGGAGUUUGAUGUGGCUCCUGUGAUCAAGCCCAUCUCUGAGAUCCUCACCAGCAUCUCCAGGCUCCUGCUAGAGGACCUGCCUGCCUGUGUGGCCCCCAAAGCCCCCAACGCUGCUGACCAAGGCCCAGUGCAUCCUCAGGAGCUGGUGGUGAAGGCUGUGGACCCUCUCCCCAAGUGCCAGCUCCGAGCUGAGCUUCUGAAAGACCACCGCAACCUGACCUUCGACCCCGAGACAGCCAACAAGUACCUGGAGCUGUCCAAAGGUGCCCGCAAAGCCAAGCACAGUCCUGGCACUGUCCCUGGGCAGGGGCAGGGCCCCCGCUUCGAGCCCUGGCAGGUGCUGUGCACGCAGAGCUACGGCCCCGGCCACCACUACUGGGAGGUGAAGAUCUCCAGCCACUCUGUCAUCCUGGGGGUCACCUACCGGGGGCUCCCCCAGGAGCAGCAGCAGGGCCACAGCUUCAACAUCGGGCUGGAUGGGGGCUCGUGGGGGCUGCAGGUGAGGGAGGAUUGUUACCUGGCCUGGCACAAGGGCCACGCCCAGAAAAUCCAGGAGCAGCUCUAUAAGAACCUGGGGGUCAGCCUGGAUUAUGGCAAGGGGCUCCUCUCCUUCUACGGCCUCGGGGAGAGGACAAAACUCAUCCACUCCUUCCACAGUGUCUUCACAGAGCCCCUGUACCCUGUGUUUUGGCUGUGUGAGGGGCGAGUGGUGACGCUGUGCUAGAGGCACUGAGCCAGAGCCAUAGCAAAGCUGGCAGGUCCAGGCUGGUGCCAAAGUGGAGCUGCAGCUGAGGCUGUCCUGGUGCAG